AUGGAGACGGUCGACAAUGAUAGCCUGGCCUUUUACCCGACAUUCUGCUUCAAGGCAUCGCCAACCCAUUUCGCCUGGGUAAAAAUGGCGGCUGUAGAUGUGCAUCGGCUGAAGAGAUGGCCGGGGUUUGAAGGUCAAAACAUCUACUUCUAUCUAAACCACCCAAUCCGCUUCGUCUGUCUCGUGGGCCUCAUCAUCGCCAGAACAGACGUAUACAAGCGCACCAUCCUCACCCUCGACGACAGCAGCGGCGCAACCAUCGAAAUCGCCGUUCUAAAAUCCGAGCAAUCCAUCCCCCAAGAGGGAACUGGUACUGAAGAAGGCCAGCAGCAACAACAACACCAAGGAUCUAAAGCACAGAGGCAACCAAUCAUAGAGACGCACGUCACCACAACUGACAAGACGUACUUGGACAUCUCAUCUCUCGUCCCUGGAACGCUGGUGAAAGUUAAAGGCACACUGUCUACCUUCCGCUCCGCCAUGCAACUUAAUAUUGAGCGCUUUUUCCCGGUUCCUGAUACUAAUGCUGAAAUGCAGUUCCUGGAUCAGCGCAUUCGGUUUCUUGUUGAGGUUCUUUGGGUGCCGUGGGUGUUGACUGAGGAAGAGAUUGCGCAGUUGCGGAUGGAGGCUGAGGAGGAGCAAGAACGGCUCGAAGAAGAGCAGGAUCGCAUCCGGAGGAGGCAUAGGAAGCGUGUCGAGCGGGAGGAGAAGGAUCAGAGACGGAUCCAGAAAUUGUGGGAGCGGGAAGAGAAGCUAAGGGAAAAGGAGGCGGCUUCUUGUCAGGUUGCUGGGAAGAAGGUUAUGCGGGAGUUGGAGAAAAGGAAACGGGUG